CUGACUCAAAGACCCAGCAAGAAGGAGUCUGAUGAUCUCGAGCUCGUCGACCUCUGGAACCCUUUGAUACGCGGCCCAGACUACACAUGCCCUAGAAGGCUCAAGCUUCAACUAUACAAAACGCCUUCCUUGACGACGCCUGAUACCCAAAAACUACCUUUCCCCUCCACCUUGCGUCAAACUUCCGUCGCAAAAUUUGUAUGGUUGACCAGCCGACUCUGUGAACCAUACAUCCUCUUCGAGUUCCCCGGACUUCUAAAUCACCAAAACAUUGCCCAAAUUCCAAUAUGCCGCAUUCAGUCCCAGUGCCCAACACGGGCAUUCAAGCCCUGAUUCUCUGCGGGCCUGGUGUCAGUCUGAAUACCUUCACCUCGAAUGAGGACUCUCCCAAGGCUCUUGUCCCGAUCGCCAACAGGCCGAUGAUCUACUAUCCACUAGACUGGUGUUAUCGCAUGGGAAUUACAAAUAUCACAAUCGUCACUCCUUCGGAUAUCAAACAGCCAUUAGAAAGUGCCAUGGGCACAAAUCCAUACUUGACCUCCCUUCCGUCCCCUUCCCCGUCGAUCCUGUCGCCGCCCGACUUGACCAUGACCACCGGAACUGCGGAAUUGCUCCGCCUCCCCGAAGUCCAGUCAUGUAUCAAGUCCGACUUUCUGCUCCUUCCCUGUGACCUGAUUUGCGAUAUUCCGGGAGAGUCCUUCAUCGAAGCAUGGAUGGCACAAAGCGCGCUAGGGGGCUCCGAUGGACCGAAGACCGUUGGGUUGGGAGGUGGCAGUCCUCGCGGUGGACUUGCAAUGUUCUACCAGACCAAGGGUCAGGAAGAGAGCGUGAAGGGUGAGGCCACGGAUUUCGUGGCUACCGUCCCCCUUGAGGAAAAUGAGGCACCAGCUGUGUCUCACCCGCUGGACGGACCCGCUGCGCUGCGGUUUGGACUGUCCAAGCUGGCUCUCUCUAUGCCGAUGGACACAUUGAAGGAGAACAUGCAAGAGCAGAAGGGCUUGCUCAUUCGGCACUCUCUGGUCAAGAAACACCCCCGGAUCAAGCUACUUACCAGCUUCCGAGACGCAAACUGUUAUCUUUUCCCGUACUGGGUAUCCCAGUUCUCGCGCCUCAACGAGCCAUUCGAGAGUAUCAGUGAAGAUCUUGUGGGAUGGUGGGCAAAGGCAGGGUGGCAGACGGGGCUGGGAGAGAAGCUUCACUUGCGAGAGAUUCUCCAGCCAGAGAACAAAGGAGAAAGCGGAAGCCAGGAUGGAGAUUCGUUAGAGGAUGAGAUCGAUCUGAACUCCAUGAUCUCUACGAAAUCGGGGGCUGCCGUCGCUCGUGAAGGGGCCUUCUCCGAUGACAUCCAGUUCGCCUCCCGCGUUCAGAACCCCGAUGCCAAGGAUGCAGACAGCGCAGAGUCGCUGCAUGUUCCUCCGAUCCUGGCAUACAUGCACUCUUCCAAAGCGUCGGCGCCAUUGGUUAGACGCGUGGACAGCUCUGCUCUUCUCCUGAGCGUAUCGCUGAAGCUGGCCAAGCUGGAAGCAAUCGAGGAGGUCGGCCGCGUGGCCGCCUCUCCUUUCGCCCACAACCAGAAGAUCAAUGGCACAUCGAAUGUGGCGCAGAGGUGCACCGUCACCAAGGCUGACUGCUUGAUCGACAUGAACACUACCAUCAACGAGAAGUCGGUAGUCAAGGAGAGCGUCAUUGGAGCCAACUGCGUGAUUGGAGUUGGCGCAAGACUGACGAGGUGUUUGGUCAUGGAUGGAGCCGUCAUCGGAGAGCGUGCUCAACUGUCCGGCUGUAUCAUUGGCCGUAGAAGCAAGAUCGGACGCGAGUGCGUCCUCAAGGACUGCGAGGUUCAGGACGGCAACGUGGUUGAAGAUGAUACUGAAGCGAAGAACGAGAAGUUCAUGGUCUUCGAAGGUCUAGAUGACGAUCAGGAUAUGGAUGGAGGUGACUAUGAGGAUGAUCAGGAUGACUUUUAGGUGAACCGCGCUUUGGCAGAAAGCAAUAAAAGAGCAAUAGAAAUACUAAUGAUGUGAUGACACUUUGGAUGUCUGACGAGAAGAUUUAUUUGUUCUUUUU